UACUUUCGAAUACAUCGGCCCUAGCAGCCACGAAUAAGACAUCCUUCGUGUUCUAGUCCACUUUACUGGAAUAAGAAGAGCGAGAUUCAGAGAAAGAGAUUGGAAAAAGGUUUCACGUGCGAUACCAUGAGUUUGACGCGUCAAGAAAUGUCGGUGCUUCUACUAACGUUUACACUAGCAGUUAACGGCAUUUGCGCCUCUGAGGAUUCUGAACGGGAAUUCAUCCUGCUUGAUCCGAACGGUGAAGAAGCGAAGGAUGCCGCCCAGUUUGCAAUGGAAGCCCAGGGUGUUACCCUUGUACAGGUCAACAGAGCGGAGAUGAUGUUUGAGAACUUGCAGUACCGAAUCUUCCUUGAUGUUAACGUUUGCGACGAAGCUGGGUCUUGCGUCUUGCGCGACUGUUUCGCACAUGUCAUUCAGCCCACGCAGUAUCCAGAACGGUUCCUCAAAGAUUUUUUAUGCAUAAGUAACGACCCAGAGCCGUCGUUUGGUACACGUGGUCCAUGCAUGUUCCUUGGUCAGCGAAGAUGGUGCGUUUUAGGACAGCAGAACGGUCAGAGCACAGAGAACGCAUAUCUAAGGUGAACUGAAAGCCU